AUGGAUGUUUGGAGAUCUCCAUAUGCUUUCAUAGCAGUUUCUGUCAUAGUAAUGUUCUUGAUCAUAGGUCAGUCAACUUGGUUAAAUGAUGAAUGUCCAGGGGUAUGUCAUUCCGAUAUUGUACCAGACUGCGAUACACUCUGCGCUAGCUUAGGGUUUCCUGGAGGCUUCUGUAAAGGAUUAACGUGUUGCUGCAAUCCCAAAUCCCCUAAAAUCCUAAAUAUACCUCCUCCUUAAUUUUAUUGUUGUUAAUCUCAGUUAUGAAAUAAACACUAAUA